AGCGCGGCAAUAAUCCGGACAUGGCAAUCACCCUGCACAACCUCGGAAAGUGCGCUUGCAAGGCAGGAAGGACGGAAGAGGCCGAGGAGUUGUAUCGGCGAGCGCUCACGAUUUGGGAAGACAAGCUGGGAAACGAUCAUCCGGACAUGGCAACCACCCUGCGCACCCUCGCCAAGUGCGCUUGCAAGGCAGGGAGGACGGAGGAGGCGGAGGUUUUCUAUCGAAGAGUGCUUAAGAUUGAGGAAGCAAAGCUGGGCAACGAUCAUCCAACGGUGGCAAGCACCCUGCACACCCUCGGGAGGUGCGCUUGCGAGGCAGGGAGGACGCGGGAGGCCGAGGCAUUCUAUCGACGAGCACUCAAGAUUUGGCAAGAAAAGCUAGGCAACGAUCAUCCGAAGGUGGCGAGCACGUUGUACAACCUUGGAACGUAUGCUUACGAGGCAGGGAGGACGGAGGAGGCCGAGAAGUUAUAUCGAAGAGCGCUCAAGAUUGAGGAAGCAAAGCUGGGCCACCAUCAUCCGGACGUGGCAAGCAUCUUAUACAUGCUCGGGACGUGUGCUUACGAGGCAGGGAGGAUGGGGGAGGCCGAGGAAUUGUAUCGAACAGCACUCAAGAUUUGGGAAGAAAAGGGCAACGAUCAUGCGAAGGUGGCAAGCACGUUGUGCAACCUUGGUACGUGCCUUUUCGAGGCAGGGAGGAUGGAGGAGGCCGAGGAGUUAUUUCGACGAGUGCUCAAGAUUGCGGAGAAGCAGGGCAACAAUCAUCCGGAUUUGGCAAGCACCUUACACAUACUCGGAACGUGCGCUUACAAGGCAGGGAGGGCAGAGGAGGCCGUGGAAUUGUAUCAGCGCGCGCUCAAGAUUCGGGAAGAGAAGCUGGGCGACGAUCAUCCCGACGUGGCAAGCACCCGGUACAGUCUCGGCAAGUGCGCUAAAUUGCGUGGCAGCGAGAUAGGGAGAGGUCUAGAACUGUAUCGGUGAGCGCCCAAGAUGUGUUUGGG